ACCAGAGAGAGCGAGUCCUGUUGCUGUUUCUUCUUCUGCUUUCGUAGCAGCCGCUCGGAAUCGACCGAGCCCGAGCGUCAGCGAGCCUCUGGAUUGUACCAAAUCGGGAAGCGUGGAGUUUCGGCUUUAUUUAUUCUUCUUUUGAUAGGCGAGAUUCCCAAGUUGGCAGCUCGAGGAGUUAGAGUCGUCUAGAGGCCAGAGCCUUCUGCAGAAGUGACUGAUGUAUUUUGCUGAGAUACAAUGGGCCCUUCUGGACCCAUGCCAAAGACCUGUCUACAGGGACAUUGUGCAGGACAAUUUUGGGACUCUACUGUCGCUAGAUGGAGGAACCAUGAAUUCAAAUUCACAGCCAGGUGGGCCUGAGGAUGUGCAAAAGCAAGUCCAAGGGCGGUCUGAGGGCUCUGCUUAUGGGGGACAACCUCCAGCUGGGCAGCAGAGUGAAGAGACAGGGAAAGGAUGGGUCAAGCCACCUCUUUUUCCUCCAGUGACAAAAGACAACACCACUAUCCCACCCCAUGGAAUUCAUAUGGGGCCUGGCCCCAGUCUUUGCAUCCAGUGUGGAGAGAGUCUUGCCCAAACUCGGCAAACCCUUGCCCAAACUCGGCAAACCCUUGCCCAAACUCAGCAAACUCUUGCCCAAACUCAGCAAACCCUUGCUCAAACUCAGCAAACCCUUGCCCAGCCUAAGAGGUCUCCCCUCUCUGCUGAUAAGCAAUACCCCUGCUCUGAUUGUGGGAAAAGCUUCGGUGUCAGCUCCCAUCUCACAAUUCACCGGAGAACUCACACUGGUGAAAAGCCCUAUGAGUGCAAUGAUUGUGGAAAAAGUUUCAGCCAGAGCUCCACACUUGUCCUCCACCGGCGCAUCCAUACAGGAGAGAAGCCAUACAAGUGCACAGAUUGUGGGAAGAGCUUUUCCGUUAGUUCCCACUUGACCAAACACCAACGAAUCCACACGGGAGAGAAACCAUACGAAUGCCAGGUAUGUGGGAAAAGAUUCAGCCAGAGCUCCACCCUCAUUCUUCACCAGAGGAUCCAUACAGGGGAAAGGCCUUAUAAAUGUGAUGAAUGUGGUAAGACCUUCAGCGUCAAUUCACACCUCACCAUCCACCAGAGAAUCCACACAGGAGAGAAACCAUUCCGUUGCAUGGAAUGUGGGAAGAGUUUCCGACAAAGGUCUGGUCUUAGCACACAUCAGAAAACUCACAUGAUGCUUGUGAGACCUUAUAAAUGCCCAUCUUAGAAAGUUGAACUCACAAGCCUAUCUGCAAGUACCACCAAAAUUCUCUAUCUCACAUACACACAAACACACAGACAAAGAGUAAAAAAAAAUACAGAGAAGCAAAUUGGCAUAACAAUUUUAUACUGGGAAAGGCAGACUUCAGGAACUCAAUUUAGAUUUUUAUAAUUAUAAUUAGAAGAAGUCUUAUACAAAUGUGCAUAUGUUGCCUUAACUUGCUUUUUUUGUGAUAGACACACUGUUGGAUAGUGUGGAAUUUUGAUAUGACAUUUGAAAAGUGAGAAGUAAAGCUCUCAACUCAACUGAGUAAAGAUCCAGAACUUACAUGCUAGAACAGGGAUGACUCAGGCCUACUUGGAAGUUAGAUUCCUGGAUUAAAUCCGUGCUCUCUGAUAUGCCUCUACAAGUCCAGCUUCCCACUGCAGAGGGCUGGUCUAGUCCCUGACACAUUCUGCUCCAUGAAGAGACUGAUUGGAGAAAGAAUCUUACUGAAAAUUAUGGUAAACUUAGGAUAAACUGAGUUGCAAGGAUCUUGCCCCCAGCCCACAAUAAAGAUACAGAAUCAUGUAUCUUUAAAAAAGCAGUUCAGUUUCCACAAUAUUGAAUACUGAAUUUACCAAGUAGACCUAUCACAAUUUAUCAUUUUUGGGUUCAUACUACUCUUUCCAAUAUUAGUUAUUUGGAGAAUAUCUGAAACAUGAUUACAUAUCCUAAUACACCAAACACACAGUGCUGGUGGCAUGAUGGAAUCAUCCUCUUAUCAUUUAUUCUCCUUUCUUGGGCAAUGGCUAAGUAAUUCUUAAAGAUUCACAAAGCAUUUUAAAAGUGAAAGGACACAAGGGGGAAAUGUGAAUACCAGCAACUCAUAUCUUCACAUCAGUGCUCUGCCAUUUUGUAAACAAUUCCUUUAACCUAGUUGUUUCCCAUUUCUAUCAUUUUUAAAUGGUUGUUAGUGUAAGUGUUAGCUAUUUUCUCUGUUGUAUGACUGUGAGCCUCAUCUGGGCCUGUGGUGUUGAUUAAGAAGUGGGAUAGCAAUUUAAUCAGUCAUAAUUAAUAAUUUCUUUCUGAAACAAAGAUGAUCAGGGGAUUGGAGACUAAAACAUAAAAAGAAUGGUUGCUGGAACUGGGUAUGUCUGGUGUAAUGAAAAGAAGGACUAGGGGUGACAUGAUAGCAUUGUUCCAAUAUCUCAGGGGU